UAACUUUAUAGAGGGAUUGUUUACUUCCGGCAACGCAACAGCUGGGGACGGCUUAUCGUCCAAACAGAUGUUUGUGGGAAAUUCUUCAUGCAGUCAGAUAUACGAAAGGUUUCCUAAAAUAAGAACUGAAAUGUACACCUUAAAAUAAAAGCAAAAAAAGGCCUACAAGGGUGCUACUCCAGGCAACUCUGAGGUUCUACGAAGAAACAAUCAAUUAAAAAAAUGACCACAUGCUCAGCUGAAACUACAUUACAAUUAUUGCUGCUGAUGCUGUAUUGUGCUGGGAAAUUUACUGAUUCUGCCCCAAUUCUUGCUUUAUCACAAUCAAAAAUGGCACAUCGAUGUUCCCACAACUCAGAUGAAACUUUAUGCUGGACUGUCCAGCUGCGGAAGCCUUUACAUUACAAUGCCAAAGCAGGAAACCUUUAUUAUAUAGUGACUGCAGGAGCUUCAUCCACUAGCUCAGUAAAUAUCACCAAGGGAAAUCUCUCCAGCGAUUAUGAUCUAAGAUACAACGUAGAAGAGGUUCAGAAGAUACUGAUAUAUGAAGAAAUUGCCAAUUUAGUCGCUCAAGAUGCUGGAUUGGUUUUGCUUGGGAAAGUGGGUGAAUUUUAUGAUCAUUUCAUGUUGUGUCAUCACAAUGAUCUGCAAGAGGAGGAAAAGGUCCUUGGCAGGACAAAUGUCUUCCAAGAUUUUCACAAGGCCCAUUCCAAACUGCUGAAAGAAUAUAGUGAAACUUUCUUGCAGGUGAAGAAAAGAGUGGAAGCAAGUCUACAACUGCAUCUUGAUGUGGCUUGGUUUAGCAUGGAGUGUGUACACAGCCGGCAGAAAAGAUCUAUUACCUUUAAUGACCCUGUUUUUAACCAUCAGUGGCAUCUGGUCAACAAUGUGGAAAAGGGAAUGGAUAUAAAUGUGACUGGUGUAUGGGAACAAGGGAUUACAGGAAAAGGUAUUACCGUGGCAGUGGUUGAUGAUGGUCUGGAGUGGUCAAAUCCUGACCUGCACAACAAUUACAACUUUUUGGGCAGCUGGGAUCUGAAUGACAACGACCCUGAUCCAAUGCCUAAUCCAGCCAAAACAUCCAAUCAUCAUGGAACACGAUGCGCUGGAGAGAUUGGUGCGGUUGCCAACAACAAUCUGUGUGGAGUGGGUGUGGCCUAUGGAGCUAAAGUCUCAGGCAUUCGUCUUCUAGAUGGACCCAUGACAGACAGUUUAGAAGCAGAAGCCUUCAACAAAAAGUUUGAUAUCAAUGCUGUAUAUAGCUGCAGCUGGGGUCCUGAUGAUGAUGGAAAAACAGUAGAUGGACCUCAUAUUCUUGCUGCAAAAGCUAUGAAGUAUGGUGUUGACUUUGGAAGGCAGGGUUAUGGAAGUAUUUUUGUGGUUGCCAGUGGGAAUGGUGGAAACAAACAUGACAACUGUAAUUAUGAUGGCUACGCCAACUCUGUCUACACAGUUACUAUUGGUGCUGUGGAUGAGUCAGGUGCAAUGCCAUACUAUGCUGAAGAGUGUGCAUCCAUGCUUGGUGUGACAUUUAGCAGUGGCACUGCCAGCAUGCGAGACAUUGUAACCACAGACUGGUUGCAAAAGGGUGGAGUAGGCUGCACUGACCAACAUACAGGAACCAGUGCAGCAGCUCCUCUGGUGGCAGGGAUGAUUGCCCUCAUGCUGCAAGCGCAACCCUGCCUUACCUGGCGAGAUGUGCAGUACAUCAUCAUUGUGACAUCCGUCAAGAUUGAUGUGGACAUGGCCCAUUGGCAGAAAAAUGGAGCAGGACUGGAUCACAGCCACAAACAUGGCUUUGGUCUGAUCAAAGCUUGGAGGCUGGUCAAUGCUGCUAGGGUGUGGCGUCCAGUUCCCUGGAUGACCUCGUAUUCAAAAGAAGACACAUCUGGUUGGUCAAUUCCUCGUGGUACUUAUGGGCCUUUGGUGACUACAAUCGAAGUAACUGCAAGCGACAUCACAGGCUACAGCCUUUUCAUGCUGGAGUAUGUGCAGAUAACCUUGAGCUUAACUCAUCCUUUCCGGGGCAAACUUACCAUCAGUCUGCAAUGCCCCAGUGGCACUUUAUCCAUCAUCGGUGCCCCAAGACCCAAUGACAAGGGUUUUUCUGACUGGACAUUCACAACAGUCAGAUGUUGGGGGGAGCAACCUACAGGAACCUGGAAGCUUUUGGUCUCUGAUGGAGUUGUCCUCCCUAGUGUGUUGUUGCCAGGGCGCCUAGUGAAAUGGUGUCUCACUCUUUUUGGGACGCCCAUGACACCACAAGAUUUUCAACAGAGGAGAAGAGAGGUAGAGGAUGCAAUGAGUGGCAAAUUUCUGGCAACAAAUUUCACCCCUAAAUGUGAUCCACCUCCUGUUACAGCUCCUCCUUACAUCCCACUGUCUGAAAAGACUUUAAAGAUUUUGUGCCUGGCUAGUGCAUUCUGUCUCAUAUUCGCUUUGUAUGAGACCUUUGAAUACAUGUUCUGCUACAAUGAUGAGAAGAGACAACAUUCCCAAGACCGCAAUAGAAACUCUUCAGCUAUGGCUGUCUCUAGUACUGGUGACAGUUCCGAAACAGCUCAGCUACUUACACAAGAGGAGACGAGUCUGGACAGCGCAUUAAGGGGCAGCUCCAUUGAGAAUUCUGCUACCGCAGCUAAUAAUUUUAACAGCUCGCAUUUGCCAGAUGAUGGGAUCGUGGCAGGGUUGCAGCAGAUAAGAAAGCAGCCACAAGACAGAGCAUCUUUGGUGCAAGGGGAGAGCAUUCCAAUGUCAACAUUAAGCAGGACAUUAGGAAGCAGGCAUGAUCAGGAUGGAUGUCAGGUAAUGCAUGCUAAUGGUGGAUACUAUAAGCGUGUGCCCACCACAGAGGUGGAAGAUGAUGAUGAAGAAGAUGAUGAUGAUGAUCUGGUGGUGUUCAAGCUCAGGGAGGAUGGCGAUACAGCAGCUAGCAAUAACAUGGCCCCCUUGGUUCUAGAGGAGAAAUCUAGUCAGCCAAAAAAAUAUUUAUCUCGUGUGAGAAACAGCAUUCUUCCACAGCUGUGGAAAGCCCUUGUGCAAGAUAAAGAGACAUCUGAGAAGGAGCAGAAAAGGGAGAAUGAUUUAAGUUCCUUAGCAUCACCUUCCACAUCGCUUCAGCCUGUCCUAGCAGGAUCCUUUACAUCAGCUAGAUCAGGACCAUCAUCCUCCACAGGUCAUGCAGAGGCAGCAUCUCAAGGUCACUGAUGCAAGAAUGGCAUGCAUUUAACAUUAUUCCUGUCCACUAGACUGUCAGCUGAUGACAGCAUAGAGGAAGCCUUAACUGUGAUAAUAAAACGAAAUGUGAUGAUUUGUUAAGCGACAUUUGCAUUUGUUGAUGAGUCCUUAUUUAAUAUCAUUUAUCUCCUGCCUUGCCUUCCUUUGUAUGUUGUACUUUAAACAUCACACAAAUUGUGAGUCAUAUCUGCUUAAGAUAUUGAGUAUUUUGAGGGCAGUUAUUUGAUCUUCAAUACCGAAAUGGGUUUCAUAAUAGAGCACUUGUCAGUCUUAACUAAGGACGCUGUGGAUUCUUAUGGAAGGGUUGUAUUGUGGGAUUAUUAUUAUUAGGUUUAUCAUGUUGAUGCCUUGUUUGUAUAUAAGUAUGUGUAAGUGUGGAUGUCAAUAGGAGGGUAUAUGUAUGCAACAUGCAUGUCCAAAGAGCGUCUGGUUGUGUGCUUGUAUGAUUCAUUUUUCAUGGUUACUUUGACUUGUCUCGGUUUGCACCGUUUUAUUUUUUUUUUAUUUGCUGUAUUCUGUUUUUUUUAUUUCAUUGAUCUGCUGAUUUCUAUUAUUAUUCUGAAGGACAGAAGUAUUUCAGUUGUCAGCUUUUGGGACUGUCAUGCAUUUUAUACGUUUUGUGGGUUUUAAUGAUGGUGCAUAAAAUUACUGCUUUCCAAAACUGUUUGUAGCAUGUAUGACUCAUUUCCUCCCAUAUUGUUAACACUGUUGUUAAUUCUGGGUAUGCAUUUUGAUCAGUAACAGAUCCCUUGGUUGCAAAGAGGAUCUUAACUGUGAAGCACAGUAUAAUAGAUAAAAGUCAAAGUAAAUGUAUCAUAGCAUAUUUAUCUUGGUAUCUUGGGCUAAGAGGGGGUGCACUGUAAGUUGUUUACUAUCUCUAGGUAUUACGUAGAUUAGAGCAGAGACCAACUCUCUUCUUCUCUCACAUCUUACCUUCUCUUAAACCACAGGAGCGGUCCGGUGGCGCAACGGUUAGUGCUGUUAGCGCCUGUCACCAAUACAGUGAAGGUUGGCUGCCCUGAGUUCAUUUCUCGUCUCGGGCACGCUGAUCUUUCUCUGCACGUGACAUCUGUUUACAGGGCUGGCUGCUUGCCAUAAUAUAGCCUUAGUUGCUGACACGGCGUAAAACACCAAUUCCCCCCCCUCUUCUCUUAAACCACAUACUUUCUGCUCUAAAGUCAAGCACACUAGCCACUAGAGGCUUAGUAGUGAAGCAAGGGUAUGUCUGUGUCCUUUGGCAAAAUUAGGAAACCAUGGGCAAAAAUCUUGUUGCAGUGUCCAAACCCGAACGAUACUACUUCAUGUUUAUUUACCUCAGGACAUCAUUGCCACCAUUUUAUAACUAUGGCCGCAGGGGUAAAGCAGCAUCUAUGGGAUAUGGACACCAUUUAUAACUAUGGAGACAAGGCGCUUGUCCUCAUGUUGCCCCAAUUCAGUAACUUCACACCAAAAUUACAGCCCCUAGCUAAAUCACCUUUAGCCAAACACACUGUCACAUCUGUGCUUCUUUACAGCAACUGGCUAAUGAUGUUUUUAUAUAUAUAUAUAAUUUGGGUCUGUGAUAUUAUUUGAAGUUCGUAAAAGAUCAUGGAAUGCAGGUGUUUUGGGGGCUUUUUUUAAUUUAAGACAAAUUUCCACUUUCAACCUUGAUUGCUGGGUCUGCCUUCUCCUUCCUACAAGAUUUAAUGUUUUCACAAAAGUAGAAAACCUAUAAAAAAAGAAAGCUUAAAUUGCUGGCAUAAACAUUUCACCUAAAAAGCCAAAGUAGUACAUCUAAGGCUUUGUCAGCAGCCAAAUACUGCCAGCUUUUUUUUCAGAUCAUCGCUAUUUUGUAAGAAAUGCUAGACAUCUUAUUUUUCUUUGCCGAAUCAGUGUUAAGAUUAUGGGAUUGUGUUUUCAUCAUUUCAUUUAUUUUUCAUAAUUGAGAUUUGGUUUACACUCUAUUUCAUAUCAGUCUUCCUAAAACUUAUAUAUGUCUAAGUCCUAACAACAUGGUGCUUUAUUUAGAGCUGUGUGAUUUAAAGGCCUUUUUUAUAGCAAUUCCAUAUGAUAAUCAUAUUUAUACCAACUGCACCUUUCAUACUUAAUGUGCAGUAAUGUGUUCAUUGUUCGUUUUGAUCCAUGAUAUAUCAACAUAAAUUAAAUCAUGAUACUUCUUACCUUGAAGUCUUUUCCCCCACUUGCUAUCCUUUUUUGUCUGUUCUUUCCAUAUUUUUCAUUUGUUCUCAGACUACAUGUACUUCCUCAUUUGUAUUUUAUCUUUUCCUUUUUUUGCCUUCAGCCUACAGCUUAAGGUUGUUGUUUUGCUCUUUCUCAUUCUUUUUAAGAAGAGUGUCUUGACAUUUCAUAUAAAACUCUAUAUUUGCGUAAUGAGCUAUCCAGUUUUAUAUAUUCAGCCUUAUCUCAUUAUAAUAUGACCAUCCAUCCCACACAAAUGUUGUGCAAGAUGAGGCAAGGAUGGGGCAUAAAGAGGGUUAUGAUUCAUAAUUAGGGGGAUUAUUGGGGGAAAUCCAUUCUGGCACAAAAUGUAGGAAUAGGCAAAGUUGGUGAGAUAACAGGUGAUGCUGAGACUGCAGAAACCUCUUUACAGUUUUAGAAUUGAAGCUAAACUUAAUAUGCAUUCAAAGGUUUUCUUUAUUUUAUACUAUUUUCUUGGGAGUUUUCUGUUAUCUGUAAUGAAGUAGUGCGUUAUAUUUGGUAGAAGAAGACAACUGAACUGCAGGACAAUCUUUAUUUCACUUUUUUCUACUAUUAUUACUGGCAAAUACAACCUGUUUAAGGUUUUAUGCUUUCACACUUAAUUCUAAUAAUCAUAGUUUGGGUGUCAGAGCUGUUGUAGCCAUAUAAAAUUGAACCUUUGUAUUAGAAGCUGUGGUAUACAAAUUUUUGGUGUAAGAAAUAGAGAAAUAACCCACCAUUGACCCCCCCCCCCUAGAUCUUGCUAUAACAAAUCAAAGCAUAAAUAUAAGUUCUGAAAAAUUAAAUUAUGAAUAAACAUAAGGCGUGGACAUCCAAAUACUCUAAAAAGGCAGCACAUGAGCUAGCCAGCUGCAUAAAAGCAUGACAUUUUCCAGAAUAACCUAAAAUUUUAUUUUAUUUGUUAGCUUAUUAUACAUUGAUGUUCAUCUUUCUUAUGCUGACUUAAAAUAGAUACGUUAGUGUUAUAAACUGUGUAAACUUAAUUUAGAGAAAGUGCGUAAGCAGGGUAGGAAGGAAUCACAUAAGAAUAAUGGAACUUUGGCUUUCCUUAUCAGAAUAUUCAAUAUCCGAACAGUUUUCUAAAACGAGUUACAUUCUGAUACUAAGGUUUGACUGUAUUUCACACAGAAUUAUGGUUUGACAGUAUAAAAAAGAAAUUUCUAGUAUUUUUUUUUUACUGCAAUCAUUGAUAUAAUUUAUAUUUUUUGAUACAUUAAAUCGUGCUGUCAAAAAUACUUUUAACAUUUGAUAACAGAUUGUAGCACUUAAUUUUUAUCCUUGUCUAGUAGGUAUUUUUGAGUACCUAGGUUUUUUUUAAAUAUGGGCUUUAUAAUGCCUAUGUUGUUAAGUACAUAUGUGUGUGUAUGUGGUGGAGGAGCUUUAUAGCUCUCUUUCCUUGCUCAUUACCAAAAAAAAGUGUAAACCAGAACUUUGCCAUUCUAUGAAAAUAAUUUAUUUCUAAUGCAAAGUAAACCAAAAUAUUUUGUUAAGUAGAAUUUUAUUUUGGAGGCACUCUUCUUUUCUUUCUUUGUAUUUGCAAGUGUUGACGUUGUCAACUCACAUCUCUAUAAUUGUACUUGUUAUCAAUAACUUCACUAGGGGUAUAAAGCUUAAAAAGUACAGGAAUCAUGAAGGACAAUUGGACAAUUCUGUACCGUAUUGGACAGACAAUUUUGUACCAUUAGAGUGAUUAGACAAACAAUUUUGUACCAUUAGACAAACAAUUUUAUACUAUUAGACAAUUUGGAAAGGUUGUUACUCCAAUUUAUAUGAUCUUAAUGAAUUAUUUAGACUUUUUGCUUUUGCAUAUUCUUUACAUUAGUAAUAGGUAAUGUUGGCAAUAGAGAUUUGAAUGUGACUGUUGUGUAUUUUAUGACAAAGCUGUCUUAUCUUAUCAGUCUUCCAUUCUGGUUAUAAAUAUCAGUUAUAUUUUGUAUUUCAUAUAACUGAAUGUGUAAUGUGGGUCAUUGGUCCUCGUCAACCAUAUCAGAGGUACCAGUUAAAUUGCUUGUUUCAUGUUUGUAACAGAUUAUGUCAUAUGGUAACCAGAUAGGGCAUAGGCUGGGUAGCAAGUCCAGGAAAAGUUCUGUUCUCCUACUUGUUACUGUAACAGUUCUCCAAUAAAUCUUCAUUCUAAGAUUAAAUUUUUAUUAGAUUAUUAGAAUAUAAGAUUAAUUGCCACAGCUUUGUUUUUUGAGACUAGUUGAUUAAGGUCACCACUGACUAGUUGAUGAUGUUUAUUGCUUAGUAGCCUGAUGAUAAAUAUGACAUAAUUACAGAAUGCUAUGCAACUAGGGUUUACAUGAACAUUUCCAUAAUAUAGAAUGUUUAUGAUCUUUGCUAAAAAUUUAGCACAUAAAUUAUUGCAAUUACAACCUUCUAUAAACUUAUCACUACUGUAGGACUGCUGUACCUAUAAUAUAUUUUGUAUGACAGUAAAGAUCGUCAAAUAAAAUACACAGCCAAAAAGGAGGAAGCGUGUUUACUCAGCAGUUCACAAAAUAUAAACUGUACCUCGAUCAUAGCACUGCUUUACCACCAGUAAGAAACAAAUGAAAUAAUGAUUUCUUUUUAACGUUUUAGUAUUCCCAUCAGCAUAAACUUCACCUUUGCAGAAACAUACAAUCAAUAGUCAUAUCUUACAUAAGUAUAUUCAACCCAGUAUAAUCAAACAUAUCUUGCGUGUGUUUAUCCCACAUGAUGUGGGUUAAAAGGGUUUUGAAUUGUACUGUGUCGACAACUCCUUAUGUCAGAAAAAGUGCAGAGGUAUCAAUUUUUAAGUCUUCUCUGCACGAUUAUUGAUUUAUGCUGUUAAAUUAAUCAGUGAGAUUAUCAGUGCCUGUUUUGAUAUGUUUUGUUAAAACAGUGUAGUGUUACUUAUUGCUGAAGAAAGUCUGCUUGCUUGUACUGUGUACUGUGUUGUAUUCAGCUGUCAAACACUUUGACACCAGUUGUUUUAGACAAUUAUGGCUGAUAGAAAUGACUAUGACUUCAAUGCUGUAAAACGCUACAAAAAUACAAAAAUCCCCAGAUGAAGCACAAUAACUCACUAAUUGCUACAUACUGUUUUUUCUGUCAGUAAACCAUACCAUAUUGUCCUCAGUAAAUCAAUUUUGUGCCUGAAAA